AUGAGCAUCACGGAUCUGCUGAGCGCUGACGACAUCGAUGCGGCCCUGCAAGAGUGCCAAGAUCCAGAUACUUUCGAACCCCAAAAAUUUUUCCAGACGUCAGGCCUCUCCAAGAUGUCAGCUAGUGAGGUGAAGGACAUUUUCCGGUUCAUAGACAAUGACCAGAGCGGUUACCUGGAUGAAGAUGAGCUGAAAUUUUUCCUGCAGAAGUUCAAGAGCGACGCAAGAGAACUGACUGAGACAGAAACCAAGUCCCUGAUGUCGGCCGCCGAUAGUGAUGGAGACGGCAAAAUUGGAGCAGAAGAAUUCCAGGAAAUGGUGCAUGCUUAAAGGACCCUGACUCUGGAGCAUCUGACCAACAGUUCGAGGCCUCCCUCCUGCACCCCAGAAAAGGCCCUCAGCCUCUCCCCCUAAUUUGUCUGAUAUACUUCUGAAAAUUCACUCCCUGUGUUUGUGUGGUAGUGGGCCAUGACUUUUGGGGGGUGUAUGUCCUGAUGACUCUGAGAUUCCCCCACACUCAUGCCCCCCCCCCCGAAAAGCAUCUAAUAAAGCCUCAUUUCUCGU